AGCCGAGACGUUUCAUACUGCGUGCCGGGAACUGCCUUCUCUCUACUGUGUAGAAACAGGAGAGGGGCUCCUGAGCCUGCUGGCCUGUGCAGGGGUUGAGCCUCGGGGCCCGCGGAUGGCACUGAGAUGAAAGUGAAGGCCGAGCUCGCCAAACCUUCUAAAGGCAGCGUUUUGGCCAAGCCGGAGCUUGUCAAGAAGCCCUAUCGGAAAAAACAAAAGAAAAAGAAAUUCUGGAAAAAAUACCCCCAGGCGGCAACCGAAGCUUCCAAGAACCCGGAGAAUAAGGAUGCUAAAGCCGCGGCGGCGCUGCCCCCCAAGGGGCCGCAAGAAUUUUCGCACAACUGGAAGGCCCUGCAGGAGUUGUUGAAACAGAAAACACCAGUUCCAGAAAAUUCCCUUCCAGACUUUCAAGAAAAUCCCAGAAAACAGCCCAAAGACCACCACCAGAAUGGCAGAAGUGUUUUUAAAAAGGAAGACUCUGGUGAUACAGAACUGCCAGAGCUGGCAGGCAAAAUAGGCCAACCCUCCUCCAAGGCCCAUAUUUCUUUAGGAUCUCUGAAAGACACAAAAGUUGCUUCUCAUAAAAAAAGCAGUGAAACAAAAGGCAAAGGCAGUGGAACAGAUACCAAGAAAAGAAAAAAUGGCAGCCUUCACCAGAAAAUAGUGGAUAUCAAGCAUGAGAAGAGGAAAGCAGAAUUAGUUCUUCCUCCACCAACAGAAGCAGACAUCUGGUUUGACGAUGUAGAUCCUAAGGAUAUUGAAGCUGCCAUUGGUCCAGAAGCUGCUGAAAUAGCCCGAAAAAAACUGGGUCUGAAGGAAACAAAUCUGUCACUGGUGAAAGAAAGGGCAUUUGAAGGCGUGACCAAAGCUGUAGCCAUGGACUGUGAGAUGGUAGGAGCAGGGCCAAAUGGGGAAGAAAACAUCCUUGCCCGAGUGUCCAUUGUGAACCAGUUUGGAAAGUGUGUUUAUGACAAGUAUGUCAAGCCAACAGAGAAAGUGACUGAUUACCGGACAGAGGUCAGUGGAAUUCGAGCAGAGGACAUCAAACAUGGAGAAAAGUUCCAGGUCGUUCAAAAGGAAGUGGCAGAUCUGCUUAAGGGCAGGAUUCUAGUUGGACAUGCCCUGCAUAAUGACUUAAAGAUUCUCCUUCUUGAUCAUCCCAAAAAGAAGAUUCGGGAUACACAGAAAUAUAAACCUUUCAGGACACAAGUAAAGACUGGAAGACCAUCUCUGAAAUUGCUCAGUCAGAAAAUUCUUGGUAUCAGAAUACAGCAGUCAGAACACUGUUCGAUUCAAGAUGCCCAGGCAGCAAUGAGGCUUUACAUAAUGGUUAAAAAACACUGGGAAGGAACCAUCAAAGACAAAUAUAAACUACAAAGAGAAAAAAAUGGCAAAGCAUAACUGAGCCUUCCUUGUCACUAUUUCUAUUGUCUACCCUGCCUGCUGCCUUGUUCCUCAACAGCACAGUCAUGUCUCCAGAAAAACCUGAUCAACUGAAUAGGGGUCUUCUUGAAGCAAGGAAGGGGCAAGAUAUUCUGUCAGCUUACCAUCCCCAUCUUCCCUGCUCCCCAUUUGUUUUUUUGUUUGUUUUUUUUGUUUUUCUGAAUGUCCCUGGAAUCAAUAUAGAUGAAAUAUUCACAAAGAUGGUAAACUUUUGGGAGAAGCUUUUAAAUUUGUGACUACAAAGGAUGUUUGCUAUUAAAAGAGAAUUUGACCCUUUCUA